CAGUCAGAUUGUAACACAGCUUCUACGUCCGGAAUCUCACGAAAAUCGCCACCACCGUCAGCUAAUAUGGAUACCAGUGAUUGGAGAGGUGAGUUGCAGCAAAAAUCACGCCAAAGAAUUGUCGACAAAAUAAUGGACACUUUAAAAAGACAUGUUUCUGUUUCUGGGCCAGAGGAAUUGCAUGAACUUCAACAGCUUGCUCAACGGUUUGAAGAGAAGAUUUUUACUGCUGCAACAAGUCAGUCUGAUUAUCUACGAAAAUUAUCUUCAAAGCUGCUUAUCAUGGAGAAUAAAUCUCAGGGCAGCAUGGCCAAUGCUCCAAAUCAAGAUGAUGUUGCAGAUGGUGUUGAGGCAUGGUAAAUUCGAGAGGUGACGGUGGACAAACUUGAUAUUUUUAUUUAAAGUUAUUGCAUUUGAAUUUUGUAAGACAAUGUAUUUUGAGUUAUUUUAUUUUGUUUGG